AUGUACACAGAAUGGAUUAGACCACGAGUGGCGUCAGCUGAGAUUCUCGGUCUCAGACGGGCUUCGAGUGUCAACGGCCGCGUUAUCGACGCUGCUGCUCCCGCCAGUCCGACGAAAAUGAGAAGCGUGGUCAGUUCGUCGCCACAGGAAUCACUGUCCGAGCUGGACGGUGGCCCGCCACGUCCUUUGUCUGGAAAUUCUGCGUGGUCGCUCCUGCAGCGCGGUAUCGACCUCAGUCCGAACGGGCCUGCUCUCGUCGUGGCGCACCAACAGGGUGACCACCUGCAAGGACUCGUUGGGCGCUCUGCUCCGUCAGCAGACUGUCUUACAUGGAGCUAUAUGCAGCUCAUGCGGGGCACAGCGCGACUUGGGUCUGUCUUUGAAAGGCAUCAGGUCCAGCCGAGAUCAACCGUGCUGCACCUGAUUCCCAGCUGCUCGGAGUGGGCGCUCCUGGUAUGGGUCGCGGCCCUCAAGUGCUACACCACCGCGGGCCUGCCGCAAGCGCUUCUUGAGCCAGCCUCUGAAGCCGAGCUGCGACGAUACCUGAAAAUCCUCGCUCCUUCAUGCAUUGUUGUGGAGAGCGAAUGUGAAGUGGCAAGAAUGGACGAGUUGAGGGAUCAGUCGCAGCAACCAUUUCUGGGCUUGUGCAUGGGUCAAUUGACGACACCCCGUCGGGGCUGGCUGAGCUUUGGCGGCAUCGCAGAGGAGUCGUGGGCUGGCGAUGAGAACGUCAUGGAGGCAAAUCCGGUAUCGGAUAGUCUUGACAGAAUCGUCUUGACUGCGUUUACUAGCGGAACCUCGGGCGAGCCCAAGUGUGUCCAGAAGAGCGUCCGCGCUCUAUUGGCUGCGACGAGGACGCAAAGCCGCACCGCGAAUCACGAAAAGCCAAUCAAUAUUCCCGCAACGGCAGUCAUUAGCUCAAACACGCUGACCUUGGCACAUGGCCUGAUAUACUUGUGUUGGCAUAAUGCUGGGCUGUUGGUGAUACCGUCCGGAGAGUUUUCGGCAGAGGCAACUCUUCACGCAAUCGAGAAACAUAAGAUCUCUCUCGUCGGAUACAUGCCAUGGGCCAUUCGUGCCAUUGUCAGGCACCCAGAGUUCUCCCAAGAGAAGAUUAAGUUUCUUCGACAUGUCUUCAUCACCGGCACGCUCGCGACGGCAGCCGAGCUCGCAGAACUGCAGCAGGCCAUUCCUGGGGGCUUCGUCUAUCCGAUGUGGGGCAUGAGCGAAGCAACGGGUGUGCUAGGAUGGUCUGUGUAUCCGAAAAAGGCCCCGACGCAUCUGGGUGUUCCGUCGUGUGGAACUGCUAUGCCGGGCGCAAGGAUACGGGUCGUCGAUGAGGACGGUCGCGUGGUGCGGCGCGGUGUGGCGGGUGAGUUACACGUCGGCGGCGACGUUGUCUUUGACAAAUACGUGGGCAUCAUCCCUGAGCGGGAUACGUUCUAUGAAAACGAGAGUGGCAGGUGGUUUAGAACCGGCGACGCGGCAGUGCUCGAUGACGCGGGCCACGUUUACAUCCUGGGCCGCGUCCAAGAUGCCAUCAAGUGCGCGGGAUUGUGGCUGCAUCCUGCCACAAUGGAGAACACCCUGAUCGAACAUUUCAAGGAAGAGGUCCGGGUUACAGGUGUGCCCAGUGCCGAUGGCGGAGAGCAGCCAUACGCAGUUUUUGAGACGACCGAUGUAGCCAAAGACGUGGCUGCAUCAGACGUCAAUAGUCUUGUAAGGGCCAUUGGUCCAGACUACCGAAUUGAUGGUGUGGUCUGUCUCGAGCAGCUCGGCAUGAGUAAAUUCCCGAAAACGCUAUCUCGUGUUGCACUAAGAGUCUGCCGUAGGAACGGUCGGAAAGCGCGCGACCCUGACAAUGGCAAUGGGUGCUGUAUCCGUCGUCUGUACAGGACUGUGCUGCUACAAGCUGGCGAUCCGGCUGCGAACAUGCUCUAUCGUGCGAGCCGGGAUGAGACACGCCAAGCGCCAAAGAACGACGACACGUCCAUCUUCUAUGCGUUACCCCUGUUACUCGUCUACUAUGGUGGCUGA